AUGCGUAGUCACCAUAAAAGGUAUCGCUAUGAUGGAGAGGAUCCCCAUAACAGCUUCAAGAAUAAUAACAACAGUCACUACAGUUACGAGGACAGCAACGAUAAUCUCCGCCCUCAGCCACGCGUCCGCUACAGCGACCUUACGCCCGAGGCGAAGCUGCAGAAACGCCGCCAGGAGCGGCAGGAGAAAAAAGAGAAGGAGCGCACGCUUUCGUACUUCAUUUCGGUACAGCGGGCGCUCGAUGAGCAGGCAGCCGGCGCAGGGGACGCAAGCACGCUGGCCACAAUCGUUGACGGCUUCUUCGUCGAGCUCAUUAAGCUUCUCAAGGCGGACCCCUCACUGCACCUCUUGCGCAACGGCGCCGUCUGCCGUGUCAUUGAGUCGGCGCUAGCGAACUCUCUACUACUGCACAGUAAGUCGCUCCUCUACGUUCUACUCGGGCACGUCUUUGACACAGUUACGUCACCCACUGCGAGCUACAUGAUGGAGACAUUAAUGGUAAGCCUUGCACAGGCACUCAGCGCAUUAGCCGAUGAUGCAGAAGCCUUUGACGCCGAGAUGGCGGAUGGUGGCCCGGGUGUCCACGCAGGCAGCGGCGUUCCAAGCGCCGCCACACUCGUCACGUGUCUUGUUGACGAGCUGGUGGAGCGGGCGGGGGACAUCAUCAUGCACGAGGUUGGUGCACGUGCGGUGCGCUCCAUUGUGCUGGUGCUCGGUGGAUUCACGAUACGCGGCGCCCCGCCGCUGCAGCACACGGUGAAGUUCGCUCCACAACUGGGUGUGCUUGGAGGCGCAUUGAUGCAAACACUGGAGCAUACGUUUAGUGACAGCCGUACUCAGAGCGCCGUGGAUGUGUGGCUCGGUAUUGCAAGUACCCCUACCGCGAGCUUCAUUCUGCAGAACCUCCUUCGCGUGUGCGAGUUCGGUACUUCUGUGGAUGUGGCGGUGCGCCAGCGACUGGAGUCCUGUGACGGCAAGGAGUCGCUGCCACUGCUGCUGCGGCAACUCCUCAUGGAUCCGCUGGGGUGCCACAUCUUCCAGGCAUACGUGAAGGUGCCGGCACCGCCGGCUGUGCUCGAAGCCUGCGACAUGCUCGCCAACCGCAAAGCGGCAGCCGUAAGCGCAGUCGCAGUCCGCACUAGUGCGAAUGAGCGGCGACUUAAAAGGAUUCUGCGCGACACGGCAGGUGACGGUGCCACGGAGAACGAUGGCGAGGUUAACGCUGCCGUCGAUGAGCAGACGUGCUGGGACAAGGCCCUCGAUGUUGUGGUGGAGGCGCUGGAUGAGCUUCUCGAUCCUGCCGAAGACCGCACCACGCAAGCGACGUACGCGCUACAGGAUCUCGUUCUCUUUGCCCCAACGGAGCUGCAUUUACAACGCAUGUGGGAGCAGCUGUUGAAGCCGCGGCUACAGGUGUUGCUGCCAUCGCCCUUGUUGGUGCAGGUGCUUGUGGUGUUCGCCCGGAAGUGCGCCUUUGCGGGCGUGUGUGGGUCGCCGGACAACAAGGAUGACAGUGAGGCUGCGGAAGGCGCUGGCGGCGCGCUGCCGAAGGACGUGGAUCAAUUGCUGCGCGGCGAUGUGGCGCAGGGGGUGCGCUACUUUGCAGUCUCAGCAGACUUCCAAAAGACAGUUGUCACAACACUCUGCUUCACAAUGAAGCAGCUGUCCUCAAAGGGUGCUGCACAGUACCUCCUUGUGGAUGGUGGCCUGCGCGAGAAGGGCUUUGAGUUGUCGCGAUACCUGUUACACUUUAACACGUCGGCGUCGGGGAUGUUUGUUCACUCAAUGGACAAACUGUGCCUUUCGGACAUUGAAGCCCUCUUGCAGCACGCAAAGGGUAGCCUUGUCCUGCAGCAGUACCUUCGCGCAGCUGCUAUUUCUACUGCCUCGGCUGGUGCCCAUGCCUCGUCCCGCACAGCUGCAGUAGGAGCGGCACCGCAGCCACCAGGAAACAAGAGUGGUGAACAGUUGACGGAGAAGUCUGUGCCGCUCCGGUUUCUGCGACGCAUCAAGCCUCUGUUGCCGGAGUUGGUGGGGAACACAUACGCUGCUUUUGUGGUUGAGGUGCUCUACGAGGUGGCGUCGCUGGAGGUGAAGGAAGAGCUUGUGAAGCUCUUGGUGCCAAUAUACAACACUCUGCGUCGCGGCGCUGGUGAUGCUGGCACGCAUAAUACAGAGGAGCAAGAGCAGGAGUGGCAACAAGGAGGGGAUGGGGUGAACGCCGAAGCCUCCACUAGUCCACAGGUUCGAGCGUUUAUAGCACGGAAGGUCAUGACAAAUUGCUGCGUGGAGUUGUAUUUGCACCGGCCACAGGAUUGGGCGAAACUCGCACACCGCCAGUGUCAAGUGCAGCGGCUGCUGCAACGCAUGUCUGCUGUGUCAUCGUAG